AUGAUGACGACGACCAUGUACGAUGACUUCUAUGAGCAGAGCGCCUGGUGUUACUGGGUCGUUUCUGUCGCAACAUUAUUGUCUUUUGUUGGAUUUAUUGUUGCUUGUAUAUGCAGUUGCAGACACGGUGAAAACAAGAGCGAGUUUCUGGGACUACCGGGUAUGGUAACAAUCACCCAUGCUGAUAAUGACGAUUACGAUGGCCAGCCAACAAUAUCGGAUAUCACACCAGUUGUUACCCAGGACACUGUGGAGGGUGGAAAAAGGUGCCAAGCCCAUGACCUGGCAUGGCAGCAUGAUCCCUUAACGAGCGGAGCAAACAGAAGUCUACCGGAUAUUCCAAAAGAUCGAAACGUGGGUACUGAUGAAAAUGGAAUUAGUUCGAAUCCUCAAGAUAUAAUCUACGAAGCCGCUGAAAUAAUGAACGACUCGUCGGAAUUGUACGCCACAGUAAGAGAUAAAAACUCUAAGCGGGAUAAUGAGAGAGGAACGCGAACAAGCUCGCAAGAAUCGUCGUCACUGCAGGAAGAUGACAGCGUGUCACCCUAUGCAAGAUUAAAUACUCUUAAUUCGACGCCAGAUGAACACCCGUACGCCCAAGUACAAAGUGUCCAGAAGUCUGAAGUUAAUCGGCAGAAUAGUUUUAGAAAUCCUAGUCAGAUAACGGACAAUGUUGCCUGUACGUCGAACAGUCAGCCAACAAAUCCAGUGGCACCGCCUAGAACACGCAGAUCAUCGUCACACAAUUCGUUGCUCAACACUGAAGUAACGACGUGUGACAUUCAGGCGGCAAAUGCUAUAACUGGAGGCGUACAAGCGAACCAAGAUUUGCCUUAUAUGACUCCACCAUUAUUGAUGCCUUUACCGCGGCCUCCGCAACCUCAACACAAUGGACCGCCGCAACACUUUAGCGGAGAUUCACAAGAUUCUAAUAAAGGAUACACCAGUAUAAGCGUACGUGAACCUCUUGCGAAUAUAAUUGCUCAAACUAAAGCUGCACAUCAAAAUCGACAAAAUUCUCGGCCUGUUCAAGACUCGCAUUACGCUACUGUGUCAGAUGAUUCAGACGAAAUGUACGCAGCGAUUGAUGAACAAGAAAAAAUUUAUACCAGCGGUAGCGAAACUUAUGCGCAAAUUCAACCGAUGAUCAGCGAACAAAGUCGAGCUGUAGUACACGGAGAGCCGUCUCUGCUUCAUCAAGCACCUCCGAGGAUCAUUCCUGAGGAACCAGUAGUAUUUUCUGCGCCCCAACCACCCAGUGUUGAUAGUCUUCGGCACGUCGCACAUGCACAUUCGCGUCAGGCUUCGUCUUCCAGUGCGACGAGUUCGAUUGCUAACCCCGGAUCUCCAAAACCUGAGAAGCGACAAGCUAACUCUCCGUUACCACCACCCCCACCGCCUUUACCUGCAGGCUCCACUGAAGGUACUACAGACGUGUAUGCUCUCAUUGACAAACAACACAAGAAACAAGAUGAUCAUCAAGCUCCGCUCAGUCACUCGUGUCUCGUUCCCGGUAAAUCUGUUGAAGAUAUGUAUGCUAAAGUGCUGAAGAAGAAACGGGAGUCUGAAGAAGAACACUCAGGAGCUAAUGUGCAAGUAAAUGACGUUCAAAUUCCAGGAAAGAAGCUUAAUCUCGUAGAGAUCAGUCGAGCCUCGUGGUCAAGUCACGAUUCAGUAGAAAUAAACAAAAGGGAACCAGAGAUUAGAGCGUCUGUUCCACCAGAUAUUCUUAAUCUCGAGUCUAGUAUUGAGUUCAGUGCUGUCGCGAGGAAAUACGAGUUAGAUCGCGUGACUCCUGAUCAUGUAUUCGAGCCCAUGAGCACAAUAACACAGAGGACAAUAAAUUCCGUAAGCGAACCCAAUGAUCCUAAUUAUGAGAUGCUCAGGCCUCCGUAUUCUCGAGCUGAAGACUCGAAACUUACCUCUCAGCUUACCUCUACUAGUAUGAGAAACGGUAUAGACGUUUUAUCGUUUUACUCAGUACCUUUUAAGCAUCGCCAGGUAAGCAAUGCCAGCAGUGAAGAUCCAGGCUACGAGAAAGUAAGACUUCGCCGGCGUACUGAUGUCGAUGGAGACACUGACUCUGAGCCAAAUUACGAAAGCAUGCCUCAUGAUCAUGGCGAACCUAAUUAUGCUUCUGUUUGCCGUCCAGGUGACAGCGACACCGAUCCUAAUUAUGAGUCCGUACAUCACAGUGAUCCUAAUUACGAAAGUGUUAGGUAUAUGAGUGUUACUAAAAAUUCAAUCGCCGAUCCACCCUACGAACAAGUUAACUCGUAUUCGGAGACACGAUUAAAUGUUGACGGAUACGAAAAAGUCAAAUACAAACAAAAUGAUGAUCCUAAUUACGAAAAAAUUCACAACACAUCAUCCAGAGAAAAAGAUCAUUUUAAUAACACAGACAAUGCUGAUCCUGAUGACGAUCAGUAUGUUCAAGUUUAA